AUGCCUCUGUUUUCGCCGAUCCCUGAGAGCGUGGCGUCGCAGGAGAGCAUACUGUCUGCCGACGAGAUGGAGAACGUGCCUGAUAUUGAUGAUAUUUUCUCGCGGCUGCGCGAGGCCACGGGGACGGCCAGCAAGCCUGCUUCGAAGGCCUCUUUUGAAGAGAUACAAAAGGUGGCUAGUAAACUGCCAAGGCUGUCUUCUGGCGAACUGGUGAGUGCGCAGAAGCAAAGACGCAUUGCAAAAGUGGACGAUCCGAUUGAGGUUGCGCUGCCGAAAGAGCAGAAAGCGGCCAAAAGCGUCUCGGAACGCUGGUUUGAGCUACCCAAGGUGGAGCUCACCGACAAGCUCAAGAGAGAUCUUGUGAUACUGAAGAACCGAGCGUCAAUUGACCCGAAGCGAUUCUACAAGAAGGACAAGUGGGAGAUCCCGGAGCGGUUCCAGGUGGGGACCCUGCUUAGCGGGCCUACAGACUUCCAUAACAGAAUACACAGAAAGAGCCGCGGAACCGGGUUUGUUGACGAGCUGCUAAAGGACGAACAGACAAGCGGGUGGCUGAAGAAGCGGUUUGAGGAGGUGCAGGUGAAGAAAGGAGGACGCAAGGUGCGCAAACCGAAAAAGCGGAGCAGGCUGUAG